CUACUUUCAUGCUUAAUAGGUAUGUAACAUGGCUGAAUUUGCCGUGGGGGCUAAUAGCUCCGAUCGCCCCCUAAUUGCCUAUUCCCACUGGGAAAUGAGGUCCAACUCCCUGGGAAACAGCAGGAUUUCUAGUGGAAAUGAGGACUCCAGCCUCUACGCGGGACCAUGGUAUGUUCAUGGAUGGGACGGCGCAACGGCCUAUCACCGUGAGCGUCCGGUAUGCAAGCACGAGAUGAACAGACAGGAGCCUCGUCGACGUUCUCGCCCCCAAGUCGCGCAUCCAGACCCUUCAUGGCUGAGCCUCGGCAGCAGGCUCGUCCGGUUAACCGCGUCUCGGUCCUCCACUCGACAACCGUGCGCUGCGACGCCGCUGCAACUCGCGGCGAAGAAGGAAGCUCGAGGGAGAGCGACACAGCGACGCUGCUGCUUGUGGAUCCAUUUGCUGGGUUCCUAGCGGGUCUUCCCUCGGACAGCACGGUUUUAUUAUUCCAGAGCCCCCCAACUGUACCGUACGGUCAUAGCACGCUUGACGGUGAUCUUUCCCGCCCGCGCAAAAAGCAGCGGCGCGCAAAAGAUGGAAGGCUGGUUGCGGAAGCCAAAGAGGUGCACGAAGGCGUCUACGAUGCUUUCGUGGAACCAGUCACCCUGUUGCUGAACAGCGAAUUCAUUCGCAACCGCACGGAACCGUGGUGGCUUCGAGACCCGUCACGGGUGCACCAGCAUGCUCACUCAGUUCACUCUUUUGCGCGACCCGAGUCAUUCGUCAACGGGACCUUUGGGGAAGCUGGAACUCUUGAUGAUGGCAUCGGCGAGGACCGCUCACAAGGUUUACACGUAGAUGCUCUGCACGGCCGCUUCAUCCAGAAUGAUGCGCCAAUUCCAAUGGUCUUUUCGAUGGGCAAUGCGGAAGAGAGUACAUGCGCGGCUUUUUUUAUGCCUUCACAGUCAGCGAUACUCACAACAGACCUUUUACAAGCCGACCAGCGACGCUUUCCGCCGGGCUGGCAAGCGCUGCUUUCCCAAGUGCGAGAACAUGGCGGUGUGGACUUGUUGUACGUCGAUCCUCCGUACCCGAACAUGUCUGCGGAGCGUCUGGCGCGGUCGUCCAUGAGCGCCAACGAAGACGGCAACGCCGCUUCCAUGCACAGGCAUAGCUCGUAUGCGACGGCGGCGGAUCUGUACGACCUCUGGCGCUUACGUGCGCCACUCACGUCUCUGCUCGCUGCUUCGCGGGGACAGGCGCCAGCCCGGCGCACCCGCACACUCGUUGCGUUCUGGAUCACCAACGCGCCCAAAGUCCGCCGCUUCAUCCUGAACAAGUUCUGGCCGCAGCUUGGCGUGCGCUAUGAGGGAGAGUGGUGCUGGCUCAAGAUGACGGCUGGGGCCAGCAGCGGGGCACGAGGUUUCCCGCCGCAGCCCGUAGUCAGCAUGGCGCAGCCCGAACGCAAGAAGCCGUAUGAGAUUCUGCUGCUUGGCUGGGCUGGCGGCGAUGCGGGUGCUGCAGGGCAGCGGGGCGAGCAGCAGGCGUUCAGAAAGCAGAUCUUUGCCAGUGUGCCAAUCGGGCACAGUCGCAAGCCUGCCAUCGUUGACCUCCUUGCGGAGUAUGUGCAUCAACAGCGGGCGUUGGAGCCCGCGGCGGAAGCGCCGCGACGAGGAUGCAUCCGCAAGCGACGCGUCCCUCAGACGGGCACACGUGGAGACGGCUGUCUGCUCGCUGUCGAGCUGUUCGGACGCACGGCUCUGUCCGGCAGCCUGCUCCACGCGCCUUUGACAGCAGGGGCAGCAUGCGCAGCAGCCUUGCCAGUUGCAUCUUCGUCGAGCGCAGCCACCCCGGAGUGUGGUGGCGAUGGCGAUAGCGAUGUGGAUGCAGACGAACGAAACGCUUGUCGCUGCGUGUACGUCAGCGUCGGCAAUGAGGCCUCCAAGUUCAACCAGCACGGCGUGGGCCUGCUCGUCGCGGGCGCCAAGUCGCCGGCAGCAGCAACAAAGGCAGUCAGAUUGGCCGGGGUCUCUCGACAUGCGGAUAGCGUGGCGCAGGACUAGACAUGUGAGAUAGAUGGAAUGAUUAUGGAUCAG